AUGUACGCGUUGUCUAGUAACGACGAGCCCUUCCGCGCUGUCUCGCUCAGAGAUACUCGUGGAAUUCCCACUCUUCUUUCGCCAUGGGAGUACCUCGAGGACUACGGAAUCGUGCAUCCGUCUGGAUGUGACACUUGCUCAUCCUACAUGAAACAUGUCGCUGACGCGAGCUACUCCUCGCAUCAGCCAGCCUUCCAAAUCGCUUUCCAAGAUCGGAAGCGUGCCAGAGAGGAGGUGUACAGCAAGGGUAUCUCAGAGGGCGUCCGCCGUCAGAAGGAGGAGGAGAGGGAUCUCAUAGAUGAGGUCGAACGCUACCGCGCCGAGCGCAAUCAGGCUCACACUCUGUCCGCCGAGAUCGCUGCACCUGCAUCUGUCUCAUCCAAAUCAUCCCCGCCCGUCGAUCCGGUAGAGCCUUCCCGACCAUCGGAUACGCAACAUGACGCCAGUCUUGUCGAGCAACCACCUGUUAUCGAACUGUCAACGUCAUUCUUUCCCCAACAUGUCUCCCCGCCCAUGGCGACUCCCGCUUCGCCGCAGGCACAGCUCCCAGAUUGCGUCGCUGCCCGCUCUUUCGCAGCCGUCCUUUCUGCUGGGCAGCCUUCUGUCGACGAUGACCCUGUUCUCCAUCGUUUCUCCGAUGAACAGGGCGUGACACAGAAUUGGCAGUUUGCCACAGCGUCCCACAGGUCCAAUAAGCCGCCCAAAAGUAUCAAACAGAUCCAGUCACUUAUUCGAGCUGCUCAUCAGCCAGGCAACUACCAAGCUCUGACGAAAGUCAAAGCUCUGUGCUCGGAAGCUCACAAAACGCCAAGAGAGCAGAAGACCGAGGUCCAGCGAUUCUUGUUGUCGACCUGGCGUACCCCAGAUUGGGAGCAUCCCACUUCCGUACCCAAAGUCCCCGCUCCCAUGAAUAACCCUCGCCUCGAGGACGCGGUUGAGGUGUGGGUGGCCUAUUACACAGCGAAUCCAAGCUCUUGUCCCAAAGGCGUUAGGCGAGAUGCAGAGGGGCGGCCAAACAUCUAUGACAUGAGGGCAAGUCGAAGAGUCGCUCGACUUCGCCCGCAAGUGCACCCCAAUGACCCAGAGUCUCGUGAUGCGCGCCAAAAGUUCAUGGCGGUUGUCACGGAGCUCUUUUCUGAACCAGGAGCAUACGAGAAUAUUUUGAGGAGAGCGGCAUUUAGCGUCUCUCCUAACGUUGAUUUUGCGCCGUAUAUCGGCAUCGCAGAAGGAAUAACCAGAGAAACCGUCGCCAGACACUUCGCCACCUGCGGCGUCACUAUUACUGUAGCCGAUAACGAGCUAGGACCUUGGGCCCAGCAAUACAUUCGUGAUGUGUAUUGUUGA